CGGUGCCUAGUUUGGUGUUCAUCUCCUCGUUCCGGAUCCGCUCGACGAUGACCCGCCCGGAGUACUCAAAAACGGCCUGGACCUCCUCGGCGGGCACUGUCGAGAUGCUGGGCUCGACCUCGGCAGGUGGUCGGGUGGCCAAUCUCGCGGCGGCACCCGCGACCCACUGUCCGGUGGAAAAAAUCGGCAUGAUUUCCCCAGGGAGGAGUAUCGCGUCGAAGCUGCCGCUCCCCGGGGGCUCCGGCCAGUGCCAGUCGCAGCAGACCCUCAGCAGGCACAGGUGCCCCUCGGGCGGCGAUACGGUGCCGUCGCUGCCCGAGGUCCAGACGUAGAAGAUGGCGCGCUGGGAGGCGCCACGCCGGCAGCUCCCGGCCAACACGCGGUCCAGGCUGAUGGUCACGUACGUGCCCACGAGCCCGGCCUCGGUGGCCCUGCUGUCGGGCGCCGCCACGGAGGAGCCGAUCUUGGGACCGGCCGCGGACGGGUGCAUCAGGGUGCGGGGCGCCCAUCGGAAGCCGGGCGGCGCGGCAGUGGCGAGCCGGGGCGCGUCGACGAAGAGGGUGUUGGCCGGCACGCGGUCCCCCAGCAUCAGCCAGAACUCGCGGGCCCGCGCGUCGUCCCUGGUGACGCCCUCAUCAGCCGCCGCGUGUCGAGGCCGAGCAUGCCCGAGACGGAG